AUGACGCUUUUCAUCCUCACCGAAACCAGUGCGGGCUAUGCCCUGCUGAAGGCCAAGGACAAGAAGAUCCUCAAGCGGGAUGACCUCGCAACUGAGGCUUCUACUGCGGAGGGAGUCUCUAAUCUGUUGAAAUUGAAGAGUUUCCAGAAGUUCGACAGCGCUGCUACAGCAUUGGAGGAGGCUGCGUCUGUUAUGGAAGGCAAGGUCACUCCUCGUCUGGCCUCGCUUCUGGAUGGCAUCAAGGAGGAGAAGAAGGUGUCUCUGGCUGUUGCGGAUCCCAAGCUCGGAAAUGCUAUUGGCAAACUCCCCGGCCUCUCCGUUCAAUUGGUCGCUGACUCGACCACCGCCGAUGUCUACCGUGCUAUCCGUGAGCACUUGACCUCCCUGAUCCCCGGCUUGAUGCCUACCGACAUGUCGACUAUGUCGCUGGGUCUGUCGCACUCGCUCGCUCGCCACAAGCUCAAGUUCUCGCCCGACAAGAUCGACACCAUGAUCGUCCAGGCCAUUGGCCUUCUGGAUGACUUGGAUAAGGAACUGAACACCUAUGCCAUGCGUGUGAAGGAAUGGUACGGCUGGCACUUCCCUGAGCUGGCUAAGAUCCUCAACGACAACAUUGCCUAUGCUAAGCUCGUCCUCAAGAUGGGCAUGCGGUCGAACUGGGAGUCGGCCGAUCUCACCGAGAUCCUGCCUGAGGAGAUUGAGGGUGCCGUCAAGUCGGCCGCUGAUCGUUCCAUGGGUACGGAGAUCAGCGAGGAGGACCUGGAAAACAUCCAGGCACUGGCUGAGCAGGUCGUCGGAUUUGCCGAGUACCGCCAGCAACUCGCAAGCUACUUGACUGCUCGCAUGAACGCUAUUGCUCCCAACCUGACGGCGCUGGUCGGAGACCUCGUUGGUGCUCGCCUGAUUGCCCACGCCGGCAGCCUGACCAACCUGUCCAAGAGCCCUGCCAGUACGCUUCAAAUCCUCGGUGCCGAGAAGGCUCUGUUCCGUGCCCUGAAGACCAAGCACGACACCCCCAAGUACGGACUGAUCUACCACGCUUCUUUGAUCGGCCAGGCCACGGGGCGCAACAAGGGCAAGAUGGCGCGUAUCCUGGCUGCCAAGGCCUCGCUGGGUCUCCGUGUGGAUGCGCUCGCUGAGUGGGAUGACGAUGUCGCCGAGGAAGAAAAGGCUGCUCUGGGAACUGAGGCGCGCUUCAACCUUGAGCGCAAACUGGCCGGCAUGGAGGGCAAGCCCCUCAAGCCGCGCGGUGUGGCCAUUGCCCCCAACGGCGCCACCCAGCCCCAGAAGUUUGACCUGAAGGAAGCCCGCAAGUACAACCCGGACGCGGACGCCCUGGCCUCGGAGGAGCCCACCUCGGCCAAGAAGUCGAAGAAGCAGAAGAAGCUGGUGCAAGAGGUCGACGAGGAAAUGCCCGAUGCCGACUCUGAUGCCGAGCCCGUGAAUGGCGCCGACGACUCGGACGAGUCCGAGGACGAAUCGCCCAAGAAGAAGUCGAAGGGUCAGGAUGCGGACCUCGAGAAGCUGGCUGCACAGGCCGGCCUGAGCGUCAAGCGGUACCAGCGGAAGCUCGAGCGCGGGGAGAUCAGCUUCGAUGCGGCCGGGAACGCGUCGGCCGUCAGCAAGAAGGACCUGAAGAAGGCUAAGAAGGACGCCAAGAAGGCCGACAAGGAAGACGGCAAGAAGCGCAAGCGCAGCGAUGACGGCGACGAGAAGAAAAAGAAGAAGAGCAAGGGCGAGUAA